AUGAUUGUGACGUUCAAGGAGAUCAGCAAGCUGUGGCAUCAGUUCUUAGAGAGUGCAGAAGAAGGAAAGGGGAAGAAGGCACCGAAACGCAAGCAGGGCAGUCAGAGUCAGAAGACUGAUAGCAAGCAGCAGCAGCAGCAGCAGCAGCAGCAAUCAACUAACAGUCUGGCCCAAAUGACUAUAAGGAGCAGCAAGCGAAGCAAGAAGACUACUCAAGAGCAAGAGGAGGCACUGGCUCAGAAGAGGAAGAUAAGUGAGAAGAAAAAGAAGAAACUAGAGGACGAGAUGACGGAUGGGCUGCGAAAGCUACUUGGACCGAAGGCGACUUGGCGAUCCGAUAAGCAAGCCGAGAGCAUGCGAUCGAUCAUGGCACUCAAAGCAGAUCAGACGGCAAUCAGUGUACUACCGACAGGGGCCGGCAAGAGCAUACUAUUCAUGCUGCCGGCCGUAAUGGAGAAUACAGGGACAAGCAUUGUGGUCGUGCCGUUUGUUGCACUAAUGGACGACUUGGUUACAAGAGCAACAGAUAUGGGGGUGGACUGCAUCCGAUACAGAUCAUCGAUGAGUUCGGGACGAGAGGGCAUGCCGAGGGCAGCACGGUUAAUCGUCGUCAGCGCCGAUGUUGUGUCAAGUGCCGAGUUUUGCGGGUACGUUGAUGGGCUGUCAUGCACAGGGCUGCUGCAGCGGAUAUUCGUAGACGAAUGUCACACUGUGAUCAUGGAUAUCGGCUACCGUGCUAAGCUUGGCGAGCUCGUAGGGUUACGCCGGUUUGGCUGCCCAUUGGUGCUGCUCACAGCAACGCUGCCCGUUGUGCUAGAGGACUGGUUCCGCGGCGAGAUGCUGGCAAAGUCGGCAAUCAUAGUGCGGGAUCGGACGGUCAAGCUGAACUGCCGGUACGAGGUUCAGCAGGUCGAGCCCGGGCGUGGAGCUGUUGAGAAUCGCACGGUUGAGGUGAUCGAGCAGCUGGAUCAAGAGAUGACGGGCUGUCAGAAGGGGGUCAUAUACUGCCGAUCGAAGAGUCAAUGCGAGGCGAUCGCUGACGAGAUCGGGUGCGGGUUUCAUCACAGCGGCAUAAGCGAACAGGACCGUCACGAGGCGCGGACGACAUGGGCAGAGGGCCGUAACGCAAGCCGAUGGAUCGCUGCAACAACCGGGUUAGGGACAGGCAUCGACAUCGAGGGGAUCGUGGCCGUGGUUCACAUGGAGAAGCCGUACGGGCUCGUCGACUUUGUGCAGCAGAUUGGCCGAGGAGGGCGUCGGGCAGGCGAGGUGGUGCGGUCCGUCAUUAUACACGAUGGACGGCCGCAACGAGAGGAUCAGCAUCGGAGCUUUGUGGAUGAUGUCAAUCAAGCACAGAUGGAGGCAUUCGUGUUGACGCCGGGAUGUCGAAGGGCCGUGAUAUCGGCGUUUAUGGACGGGGCAGCCGGCGAAACGUGUGAGGAUGUAGAUGGGGCUACGCUUUGUGAUCGGUGUGAGCUGCUUCGACGGGAUGAUGACAGUAGUAAGGGUGCAGGUAGGGCCGAGGAGGAGGUGAUUGAAGGGGAAAGUGAUGGAGAGAGUGAGGAAGAGAGUGAGGGAGGCAGUGAGGGGGGGAGUAUAAAUGGAGAAGAGAGUAAAGAAGAGAGUGAAGGAGAGAGCGACAAGAUAAGGAAGGGUGGGAGGAUUUGGAAGGCAUUCAGUAAGGAAGAGGGUACACGGGUUAGAACGCUUUUCCGAUGGUUAGAUGAUGUCGCAGAGGAGUGUCCGGUGUGUCACGUCCGACGUCAUCAGAAGGGACUGGAGCUAGGGGAGGUCCCAGAUGAGCCGCGGCAUAAGAAGGCCGGGCAGUGGUGUGAGACGGUGUCAGAGGAAGGGUACGAUACGGCACGCAGGGCAAGCAGGUUCAAAGAGCUAUCAUGCUGCUUUAUAUGCAAGCUGCCACUAGACUGGUGUGAGGAAACGCGGGAAUGA